GACCAAUAUUUUAGGCUCAUCUCUCUCCAUUUUAAUUAGCAACAUCCUACGCCACUGCUUUCCCAAUGCAAUUGUUUGCUUCAAAUCUAACAUCAUUGUCUAUCUAAUUGUACCCUCUUCCUUCAUUUAUGGUCCCUUUCUCUCCCUUUAUAUCUCUCUCAUCACUUUCUCCAUUUCUUCAUUCAUACCUAUAGCUUUUAACUCUACCACUCCUACCAUUCCUCCUCUCCUUUUCUCCACUACAUAGCUUGUCUUUUGUUUGUUAAUUUCUUACUUUAUCCUCCCUCAUUUGUAUCUUCUUGGUUAUAUUAUAAACUAUAUAUAUAAAUAGAAAAAUACACCAAUUCUAGGUAUAUAUUAUGUCUAGCAGAAGGUCAAGGCAACAAUCUUCUUCUUCAAGAAUUUCUGAUGAUCAAAUCAUCGAACUUGUUUCCAAGUUACGUCAACUUGUUCCUGAGAUUCGUCAUAGGCGUUCAGACAAGGUAUCAGCAUCUAAGGUCCUACAAGAGACUUGUAACUACAUAAGAAACUUACACAGAGAAGUUGAUGAUUUAAGUGAAAGACUGUCUCAGUUAUUGGUCACAAUUGAUGCUGAUAGUCCAGAGGCUAAUAUUAUCAGAAGCCUAAUUAAUCAAUAAGUUUAGAAAUUAAUCUAAUUUUCUUAAUUUCCAUUAUGAUGAGAAAUAUAUAUUUAUAUAUCUAUAAGAGUGUAUUUUAUUUUAGAUGGGCUAGCUAGAGUGUAGUUUGAGGUGUGCAAUUUUCAUAUGGCGGGUAUAUUUUGAAGGUUUUGUAAUUUUAAAUUAAGAACUUUGUAUGUGUCAUAUUUAUAGAUGGCCAAAAUGUAUCACUUGUUAAAUCUAUUAAUUAAGGUUAUAAUUAGCACUGUUUACUUCA